AUGAAGUGCUCUGUCCUCUGCCUCCUGACUGUGGCCUUUGUGCCUUUGCUCUCCGCUCUGAAAGACAAAGAUGGACGUUGUCCAGUGAGCGUUAUGAACACUGAUGCUAAGAUCGGCCUUUGCCUGGAGCAGUGCUCCACAGACAGGGACUGUGAUAGGAACUUGAAGUGUUGCUACACCGGCUGUGGGCACCUGUGUCAAGAGCCACUUAGAGGAACCAAACCAGGAUCCUGUCCUGCUCCGAUCAACCAUUUAACUACAUGUGAUGAUCAAUGCUCCAACGACAGCGAAUGUGACAAGAACCUCAAAUGCUGCUACAGCGGCUGUGGCUAUGAGUGUAAGAGCCCUGAACAUGGCAACCAGGAAAAUAUGAGAGGAUAG